AUGCCCUCCGUUACGAUAGACUCCUUGCAAAUCCAACAACUGUUCCAAUCUCCCGCAAGACAGACCUCCAUAAGGACCCCCCUGGGGACCGCUAUGCUGGAGAUCCAAGGAGACCUUCAAAUAGAGGCCAAUCCACAAGAGGAAAACGCGACUGUGAGGUUCGGUCAAUUACAGAUACAAGACAAGCAAGCCACGCUGUUCAUUGGGACCAAACAGCGACUUCUGGGUCAACUAGUGGCGUUGGACCCUCCCCUGGGGUUAAUGAAGUUCGAUAAGGAGACGCAGAAGGUGCAAUUGAUGGAUUUCAUUGAGUGGAAAGUGCUGUUUAAAGAUAGACCAUUGCCCAUAAUGUGA